AUGGCGGAAUAUGAGGUGAAAGAACUUGAAGUAAAGGAAAGAAAAAGAAAACCAAAUUUCUCACCGCUUGAGAUUUCCGUAAUUACAGAAAGUGUAAAAAAACAAAUUGAUGUGACCCAGUCAAAGCUGACGAAUAAUAUAACAAACAAACAAAAAAGUCAAGUCUGGGACGAGAUUACCAAGGAGGUGAAUGCUGUUGGCCGAGCGAAUCGCUCCGUCCAAGAAAUAAAAGACAAAUGGAAGAACCUCCACUCAACAGCCAAAAAAGAAUUUAGUAAUCACAAGAAAGAGUACAAGAAGACUGGCGGUGGACCUCCUCCCAAGCCCCCUUCCCAGUCAAGUGAGCAAAUCAUAGAAAUUUUUGAGGACACACCCCCCUUCUCCGGACUGGGGGGAUUUGAGACU